GCUCGUGGACCCAAAAAACAUUUGAAGCGGCUCAAUGCCCCGAGACAUUGGAUGUUAGAUAAACUUUCAGGGACAUAUGCCCCAAGACCUUCACCUGGUCCUCAUAAACUUCGUGAGUGCUUGCCACUCAUGAUUUUUUUGAGAAAUCGUCUUAAAUAUGCUCUUACUGGUAGAGAAGUCACUAGCAUUUUGAUGCAACAUGUUAUUUCUAUUGAGAGGACGCAAGAAAAUUUCCGAUUAAUUUAUGACACUAAAGGAAGAUUCACCAUCCAUAGAAUUUCCACAGAAGAAGCCAAGUAUAAGUUAUUGAAAGUUAAAAAAACUCAAGUUGGUGCUAAAGGGAUUCCAUUUAUUGUCACUCAUGACGGACGUACGAUUCGUUAUCCCGAUCCUCUCAUUAAAGUAAAUGACAUGAUUAAGUUUGAUUUAGAAACUAACAAAAUUACCGUUGGAAAUAUUGUUAUGAUUACUGGUGGACGCAAUAUGGGACGUGUUGGUAUAAUCACUCACCGAGAACGACAUCACGGGGAUAUUGUUCAUGUUAAAGAUUCUAUUGAUAGACAAUUCGCUACUCGUCUUUCUAACGUCUUUAUGAUCGGUGAAGGCAAUAAACUUUGGAUCUCAUUACCAAAGGGCAAGGGUGUUAAACUCACCAUUGCUGAAGAGCGUGACAGACGUCGUGCUCAACAAGCCGCAGCAGCUUAA